ACAUCUACAACAUCCGAUUUAGCAAUGACAACAACAUCACCAGAGGUCAACGAGACUAAUAAGGUUGAAAGUAACAAAAACACAAUGUCAAUUAUAAUUGCUGCCAUUGCUUUAGUUGUUUUUGCUGUCAUUAUCAUCGUCUUCACUUUGAUCUUCAUACGUCACAGGAGAGGGCGGCAACGCCUUGCAGUUUAUCACAAAGACGACGAGUAUGCCGUCAUAGAUGCAACAAACACAAAGAAAAAUCUACGUCGAGAUAAAAAUAAACCAUCUGUAAGAAAGACCUCUACUGCUGAUGUAGACAAUGAUGUGAACGGCGACAACGAUGCUACUCCACCCAACGAUGCACAGUACUCUGUACUCUCAGACACAUCCAGAGCUUAUGCCAGAAUAUCGGUGACCCGAAAUUCUAAACCAGAGGGGAAACCAACACCAAAACAGUCGACGUCAGCCACCACGUCAGGCGCAGCAUCAGAACAGCAGACAUCAUUGACUGCUGUUAGCGCUGAGACGGAACAAAUAGGAUUGUACAGCACCGUGAAUAAGCUCAAAAAGAAAUCCCUUACAGCUUCCGAUGCAGCUCCGGUUCCUAGUCCAGCUCCAGCUCCUGGCCCGGCUGCUGACCCAGCUCUUGAAUCGAAUGACGUGUACUCACACUUGUCCCACUUAAAACAGAACAAGCCAGAGACAGAGAACGUUUACAACGGAUAG